CUACCCACUCUGCCUCUCCGCUUGCCUCCCAUACUCACCUUUGCAAGCUGCUGCCACUGCUUUUUUCUGCUGCUUCCCUGAAAAAGACCAACUUUAAAGGCACACUUUAACUUCUGCUAUUCAUCCCCUUAGAGUAAAGUGUUUCGCUUAGCUUUUACAAAAGUAUCCGUGUUUUCUUCACUCCUUAAAAACGAUGGCUCUGCUGAUACUGCUGACAGUAAUGUCCAUGUGGGUUCUGGCUUGGAACCAUCAAGUGGAUGCAACCUACUAUCACCGCCAGACAGUCCACCACGAACACUCUGCUAACAUGGAAAACCUCCUGCCUGAAAACCUCCUGCCCGACAUCGUGCCUGUCUCCCACCCUGUCAACCUCAGCCGCACUUUCUAUGGGAUCAUGUUUGACGCCGGGAGCACAGGCACCCGGAUUCACAUCUACAAAUUCAUUCAGAAAGACCCUGUUGAGCUCCCAGUUCUGGACAAUGAGAUGUAUCAUGCAGUGAAGCCUGGUCUCUCUGCCUAUAAAGAUAAGCCUGAAGAGGGUGGGAACACGAUCAGAGCUCUGCUGAAGGUGGCUAAGAAGACCGUGCCAGAGAACGAGUGGAAGAAGACCCCUGUGGUCCUGAAAGCCACAGCUGGGUUGCGCCUCCUGCCCGAGGAAAAGGCUAAUGCUUUGCUGGAGGAGGUUCGGGAAGUAUUUGAAGAGUCCCCCUUCUUUGUACCAAACAACAGUGUCUCCAUAAUGAAUGGAACGAAUGAAGGAGUCCUGGCCUGGGUAACGGUGAACUUUUUGACAGGUCACUUGUAUGCCAAGACCAGGAAGACAGUGGGGAUCCUGGACUUGGGGGGCGGAUCUACCCAGAUCACUUUCCUUCCAAAAUCAAAAAAAACGGUCUACACCGCCCCAGCCAGUUACAUUGCCAACAUCAACAUGUUCAACCACACUCUACAACUAUACACACACAGCUACCUUGGAAAUGGACUUGUUGCGGCCCGAUUGGCAACUCUUGGUGCUUUGGGAGCUGAUGGUCUGGAUUGGAAGGUUUUCACAAGCUCCUGUCUGCCUAAAAAGUUUAGAGAGGACUGGACCUUUGGGGGAAUCACCUACAAAGUCAGUGGAAUUCCUGAUGGCUAUGCAGGGUAUAAGCUGUGCUACUAUGAAGUCAUGAAGGUGGUGAAAGGCAUUGUGCACCAGCCGUUUGAGAUAAAAGGCAGCAGUGUAUUCUACGCAUUCUCCUACUACUUCGACAGAGCUGUGGAGUCAGGCCUUAUUGAUGGGAAUCGCGGUGGCAUGGUAGAAGUCAGGGAUUUCAAGAAGAGAGCCAAAGAAGUGUGCAACAAGAUGACCAAGUACCGACCCAUCAGCCCCUUUCUCUGCAUGGACAUGACAUAUAUCACUUGCCUGUUGAAGGAGGGCUUUGGCUUCAAGGACAACACAGUACUUCAGCUUGCCAAAAAGGUAAACAAUGUUGAGACAAGUUGGGCCUUGGGAGCUACAUUCGAUCACUUCAACAACCUCAACAUCCACUAAGGGCAGCUAGCUUAGCUGCCUGUAGGAGCUGAGGGGGACAGCCUGUUACUGGAGGCGUGAACAUGCUCCUUCAGCCAACCACUCCCCUCCCUCCAUCGCUCUCUCCUCAGCACCCUUCUACAAAUAAUCCAAGAACUGUUGACAAAGAAAUCACUAUAUUUUUUAUAAGGAAGGACAGCUAUUUCUACUGUAUGUUUAACCCAUAAUUAGUGAGUUGACUUUAUUUUUGUAAAGCAAGCGUUUACAUUUUGGCUUCCUUAGGGGUGUCUGACCUGAAAUGCUGUCUUACUUGGCUACCUUUGAGUGUGUAGAGUAGUUAGCGUGAUGCAUUGCGGCUGGUCAGGUAUUUAGAUAAGGCUGGUGCUCACUGUGGUCCUGGAGUGCACUGGAAAGUACAGUGGAAUAUUUGGAGAAAGAAAUGCAACCUUCAGUCUUAGCUCUGAAUGCCUGCAACUCAUUCUAUCUAAAAUAUCUUUCCACUUAAUCAUACUGUAGGACAGGUGAACAAGAAUAAAAUCCCCUCACAAGACUUACAGCAAUAUGUUGUUGUAAUUAAGUAACCAGAAAUGUCUCCUCCCAUACUUUGCACAUAACACUUUAACUGCAGAUACUGUAGCUAAGAUCUGUUGCUUGGAUAUUGUCUACAGAGUUGUACAUAUACAUAAAUGUUAAAGGAGCUGGCCAAUUUGCCACAACUCAGGGGGCGGGUAAAGCACAGAAAGGGUGAGAUGAUAUUGUUCUCACUGAUUACGUUUGAUAUAUGAAUACUAUUGUAUGAAUGACGUAGAUGCCUAUGUUUUGAAAGUGCCAUCUGUGUAGAUAUGGCCUUUUUGUAGAACGGCUAGUUGAAUUAAAUUACACGCGUGUUGUGUUUCUGACUGUUGGUAAACUGUGCGUGGUCUACAGUGGAGAACUAAAUGGUAAUUGUUUGAUCAACUGUUGCUGAACUACAGGCCCUGCUGUAUUCAUGCAACGUGUAAUCAUCAAGUUAUUUUAAGUGCCAUUUACCUACAAUCUAAGCAGAAUCCCAAGCAGAACAGAAGACAUCUUAAAAACAUCUAGUGUACCAUGACACAACACCUUAAGAGACAAAUGCUUAGUUGCAGCGAUGUCAGAUAUGGAAGAUCCUAAACCCAUAAUUAGUAGAUUGGUGUAAAGCUCUUGUAUUGGAGCAAUUUUCUUGUGAACUGUACAAAUAUUUAAAACUCAGAUCCUACUUAUUUUAAAUGCCGCUUCAAUCUGUACAAUGCUGUAUAACUGCUCUUUGUGCAAUGCAUUAGCCUAUGCAGCAAUAGCCGCUAUCUUUCCAGUAGCAAAAAUGUACAAUAACUACUGCUGUAUAUAAUACUACAAAGAAAAACCUGUAUUAGUGAAAUACUGACCAGUGAAAGUAUUUCAUUUGACUUGGCAAAAAACAAAAAAAAUGUUGGCUGCAUGUUCACCUUGUUGUAAGAUGAACUGUUUGAUGACUGAUCAUGUUAAUCACAUUAUUUUGAGAAAACCUGAUGCAAGUAAAUGCCUGUAUACAUUAUACACGUAUGCUUCAAUAAAAUAUUAAAAGU